AUGCAGGAUCCCCUCACCAGAGAACAGUUAAAAAAGAAACUCGCCAAGAUCAAAGGCGCCGGCCGCAAUGUUAUGCUCAUGACCGCAGGCUUUGACGGUUGCACGCGUAUGGGGGGUAUCAAAACCGCGUUCACCUCACUUGCCUACACGCUGCGAGACGCUGGAUACAACGUGACGGUUCUGUACCUCAAUGCGGGCCUCGGGAUGAAUUGUAGGGGCUCGAACGUGGUUAGAAUGCGGCAGGAGGGUAUUACGCUUGUACCGGGUGUGCCGGGGGGGCGCAAGACCAAUGACAUUCGACCGUUGAUGCUGUCGUUUCACCUGUAUGAGUACCUGAAGAGUGUGCAGGAUACCUACCCCAUUAUUAUCUCGCACGACUUCGAAUCGAAGCUCAUGUAUGUGUUGCUGGCGCAACAGCAGGGCCUGCAAUUCCAGCACAACAAAAUUAUUGUGUGGGGACAUUCUCAUCGACGAUUUGUGGACAAGAUGAACCAGCGCUGGCCCCACCGUGAGACCAUGCUGGCGUACUUUCUGGAGCAGGAGACCUACCGAUUGGCCCGCAACACAGUCUCCCCGUCAGUGUGGUACCAGAACAAGCUGUACGAGCAAGGCUAUUACAACCUAGACCCAAACACUGAGGUGGAUAUCCUGCAGAAUAUCAUCUACACGCAGAACCCCUACGUACAGGAGAAAGAAAUCCUACACCCUGCGGGACUGGCCUUCUUUUCUCGUCUGGACAAAUUGAAAGGUAUCCGGGUAUUCAUGGACGCCAUCGACAUCAUCUACAACCAGAGGAAGACAGCCUUCGAGGCCAAACGGCAAGCCAUCACGGCCGCUAAACGCGAAGCCAAACAAUCCGGCGCAACCGUACCAGCGGCACUCCGCGCUGCCCCCAGUGAGGAGCCGUUGGAUGUUCUAUUUUUAGGUGUAGAUAGCGAUCUGAGUAAGAUGGAACGCAGCUCCACCAUGAUCUACAACCGGUGUCGCCGGUGGUCGCCGCACGUGUGGUGCUAUCUCAACCACACCAUGGACACCCAGAGCGCCAUCGAGGAGAUCACCAGUAGCAAGAGUCUCAUUGUGCUGCCCACCCUAGCCGAUACGUUCCCGUACUCGGUCUUAGAGUCUAUCUACCACGGCCUGCCCUUUGUGGCGUCUCGCAUUGGCGGUAUACCCGAGAUGUUACAUCCCGUGUCUCAGGAGGAGCAUCUGUUUGAGGCGGGUAAUGCUGAGGCGCUGGCAGCCAAGAUGAGCAAUGUCUUGAACCGGGGCAUCGAACCGGCGGUGCCGGCUUAUCAUUUCCACGACACGGCACUCCAGUGGGCGAAGUACAUAAAGAAACAGUUCAAAUCGCUAGACGAUGAGAAAGGGACCAAACCGGUACGAAGCCUGGUAAAUCUGUCGACGCUGAGUGCUCUGCACAUGGAUGGUCUACCCGUCACUGUUGGCAUAACGCAUAUGCUCGAGCGUCGUAGUGAAACAUACUUGCGGGAAUGCUUACUCGCGUUCGCCAACCAGACGUACAUGGACUUUGAGGUUGUCAUAGCCAUCAACGGUGGAGAUCAAGAUAAGGAGUACGCCAAGGUCAUAGGCGAGCAUUUUGGUACAGCCUUCAAGCGACUUUCGGUGUUCAAUUCGCCAGUAGUGAAUAUCGAUGAACUGAGGAACUUUGUAGUGGAAAAGGCCCAGGGUGAUUACGUACUGAUGUUUGACGACGAUGACGUACCCUACGCGGAUAUGGUGGAAUCCAUGCUCAGAGCCGCGAGCAACACGGACGCCGAUGUUAUCGCGUGCCUCAGCGCGCACCACCGCUUCACACCCGCAUCCACGCGUAUAGCAACUGACGGGAGCCUCAUGGAUGGGGUGGCUGAUAAGGGAGGUCCCCUAUCCACGUGGCAGUACGAUCACAUUGCCUUGGCCGCGGGUAAUGUGCCGAGUGUCGGGUUUACGCAGAAUCUGUUUGGGCAGGCGGCCUUCUUUGCCAAGACGGCGAAGUUCCGCGAGAUUGGUGGGAUCACGAUGGCGGGUGUCAAGUCCAACUUUGUGGAUUGGAGUUUCUGGCUGAAAGCGUCACUACGCGGUCUGCACAUUGAGUUGGUACCAGAACCGUUGUACAAGUACAGACUCAAAUCGAGGGACAGUCUCUACAACGACGAUAGUGGGAGUGGGCAUAGCCGGAUACUGAAAGAGAUGGAGUAUCUGUAUCGUGACGAGAGUCCCGAAGCUCGGGCGAAGUUAUUAGAUAUGCUAGUGUUAGGUUACGCGGCACAGGCGGGUGUGUGAGUGACGUUGUUGCUUCAUGCUCCCCGCGAAAUCCCAGCAAGCCAUUUAGGCCUGUACAUACCAUCUCCACACGUAUACGCUGAUAUUUCUAAUUAGCGAUUUACAUGAUAUCAAUAGUCUUGGAUUGGCUGCAGUUGUAACCGGCCGACAAUGGCAGGGGUCUACGGUGCAGAAUAAUGCAAUACUGCAUGCCCGGUGUAUGGUAUCAGCUAAGCAGUUGGAAGGGUGUACAUUGUUCAAAACGGUUAAUCGAGCGGUGCCCAGUAGCAGGUGGCACGUACUUAGCUUAUGCGCGCAGGCCGUUUUUUUUUUUACUAUGAAUCUGGUCGACGUUGAAAACAAAUGUGUAUAUAGGGUCUGAUAUAAAUAUGAAACUGCAGAUCAGACUAUUCACUCCCAGAUGUGGGGGAUCGUAAAGCAAGGCAGCUGCACGAAUACACACAAAAAAAUUCAAAUAAUAAAGAUACUGUUCAAAAGGUUUAAAACAGUGCG